UACAAUAAACCAGUUUUGUAUGACACUGUGGGAGUGAUAAGACACUAAUAUCUUUAUACGGAACAUUGUGGAUGUGAACAAAAACCCAAGAAGAACAGAUAGUGGAUACAGUUUUGUUUAGGGCAUUUUCUGAGUAAAUCAGUAUUUAACCCCAGGGAUGAAAUGCUAGAUCAGACCAGAAGGUUGUACAUCAAUGGUACAAGGGUAGACAAAGGUUUGCAGAUUUCAUCCAAGUUCCUUGACAAUGCAAACUCUUGUUUGUAGAAAACAUAACAAAGAUACUGGCAAAGGACAGGCAUGAAAGAUGGCGAACAGUCUGACUUUCGUUGGCACACUCUGGGCACUUCUGUCUUUUCUAUCGGCGGCUAUCAGUUGCACCAGCUUCUUUAUGCCCUAUUGGCUGUUUGGUUCUCAGAUGGGCAAACCAGUUUCCUUCAGCACUUUCCGCAGAUGUACCUACCCAGCUCAUACAGAAGAAAAAAGUGUGGUAAUGGUGGAGGAGUGUGGAAGAUAUGCCAGCUUUAGUGCCAUCCCCAGCCUGUCCUGGCAGAUCUGCACUCUGGUGACUGGGAUUGGCUGUGCUUUGCUCCUGUUGGUGUCAAUGGCUGCCGUUCUUGGCUGCUGUAUUGGUGAUCUCAUUACCAGAAUGAGUGGCCGUUUUCAAGGAGCAAUGCAGUUUGUUGGAGGACUUCUCAUUAGCUCUGGAUGCGCCCUGUAUCCGUUGGGGUGGAACAGCCUUGAAAUCCAACAGGCAUGUGGCAAUGUGUCCAGUCAGUUCCAAUUAGGAACCUGCAAGCUUGGCUGGGCCUAUUAUUGUACAGGAGGUGGUGCCGCAGUUGCCAUGCUUAUCUGCACUUGGCUUUCAUGUUUCGCAGGCAAGAAACACAAGCCGUCCCUCUACUGAUACCUGCAUCAUUGGAAGAAACACAAAUAUCAUUAGCUUUUUGAACAACAAUGCAUAUACCUAUCCUCGGCAUAGUUCCAAGGACUAUAUUUAUCCAUCAUAAAAAUAUAGACAGUAAAUAUUGGUUUCAACAGUGAAA